AACGCGAGGGUGCGCGGCAUUCCGCUGUCAUCGAUACAUCGAACUCACGGAGUAGUGGUGCGUGCACACCGAGUGCUGUCAAGUUGAUCGGUGUACGACACGCGGGUCGUUCAGUGCGUGUUCGUAGAUAACUUUUUUGAAAGUGUGGAAUACAGUGUUUGUCGGGCAAGACGGAGUCGAAAGUGGUGUCGUGUAAGAACGACGACAGCGAGGACGUACCAUCGUUCUGUGGAAUUACCCACGAUCGGGGGUCAAUCAGCGAUCACAACGUCGGGCAAUAAGCAUGGACUCGUCGUGCGUUUCCCGUCACCGGAAUCGACUCGCACGAUUGAUCGAUGCAGUGGCACGAUGCGCGCGAGACUGUGCCAUCGAGACAUCAAUCAAAUCGUAGGUCAAGCGUGCACGUACUCGGUGCACGCUUCUCACGUCCUCCGAUCGAAUGUUGAAAACGGCAGGGAAGCAAGAAGAGAGAAAGAGAAACAAGCAAGUUUGAAGUAGAAGGUAAAAGCGAAGGAAAUUCUUGCGCUCGUGAUAGCACAGUACCGGAACUGCAGCCCGAUAAACUGUCCGUCUCUGUUGAGAACGAGAGUGCGACGACGAAUCGCGCGUGUCCACGAGAAAGAGAGAGACGAGUGGGCGAGAGAGUGGGAGGGAGUGAGAGAAAAAGAGGGAGCAAGACAGAGAAAGACGGAAGCGAGGCGCGGCGAAGGAAGAGAGAGCGAGAGACAGUUGGGUAGGGUUAGAUGGGAGAGGGAGAAGGUUUCGAUGAAGCGAGUGUGAACGCGAGCGCAGGGGCGACGAGGAAUCCGGAAUAAAGAGAGGUACCGACCGUCGAGGGAGAGAAAGAGAGAGAACGGGUGGUGUUUUUCGUACGCAGCUUUCCGGCUCUGUCGGUUGCGGGAGAACAGCUCAGGAUGGACGAGUGCAUGCUGAAUGACUUGUUGGAGUGCUCGGUGUGCCUUGAGCGACUCGAUACGUCCAGCAAGGUAUUACCCUGCCAGCACACGUUCUGUAAGAAGUGCUUGGAGGAGAUCGUGAGCACGCAUCGCGAGCUGCGCUGCCCGGAAUGCCGAGUGCUGGUGGACGCAAAGGUGGACGACCUGCCACCGAAUGUGUUGCUGAUGCGUAUCCUCGAAGGGAUGCGCAAUGCCGCGCCGAAGAGCGCCAAGUCGUCCUCGUCGUCGUCGUCUCUGUCCUCGUCAAGAUCCUCCACCGCCGCACCGCAAAGGCUAUUCGGCGGCCACCAGGUCGCACCAGCACCUAUAGUCACCGCCAGUCUUGCUCCUGCCGCUGUCGCUUCCGAACCGGUACGACACUCUAACGCGGUCGCGAAACAAGCGCAUCUGCACAAUCAGGCGUACGGCAGAGCAAUCUAUGACUAUCUCUCCAAGGUGCCAGGUGAUUUGAGUUUCAAGAAAGGCGACAUAGUGAUCCUCCGGAAGAAGAUCGAUAACAACUGGUAUUUUGGAGAAUGUGGCAGCAAUCAUGGUGUCUUUCCUCUGUCUUACGUUCAGGUGAUGACACCUCUAACACCUCAUGUACCCCAAUGUAAAGCACUGUAUGAUUUUAGAAUGACAAAUGAUGAUGAGGAUGGAUGUUUAACUUUUAAUAAGGGAGAAGUUAUCAGUGUUAUCAGACGAGUAGAUGAAAAUUGGGCAGAGGGUAAGCUUUUCGACAGGAUUGGAAUAUUUCCAUUGGCCUUCGUGGAGUUGAACAGCGUCGCUCGAGCCUUAAUGAAACUCUCUACCAAUGUUCAGCCAGGACCAUCGAGAGUAGCUCCGCCCACGCCGACGAAUGAAGAGACCACACCAUUGAUACCAACCGAUCAUUCGCGUAACGUACAAACGACGAGUCAACCGCGACCACAAUUAGCGCAGACCACCGCGUUACCGGUGUCCGACACCGUCUCAAAUGUCUCGUCAGGCGGCAGUUCCACAACCACCACACCGAACACACCUAACAGCUCGACCACGUCUAGCAGCUCCAGCACUGCUCCGAGCAGCCCGGGCAGUCCUGCGACAUCACCGCCUGCAGUCGGCAAUCGACAUAACAUUAAGCGUCAUAGUUUCACUGCCGUCAAUACAGGUCAUCAUGCUCAUCCCCAUCAUAGACAUAGCGCUGAAAUACUUAGUCCUCCGGUAGACAGUGCCCCUAAUAACGCCAAUAAUAGCGGAGGCAAUGAAUCGUUUUCCCCUUUACAAACCAGCAGCACCUGCACGGAUCACAACCUUCGUCACAGACGAAGCGGUAGCAGCGAUCUCGUCCUCGCUCAGCCGUCACAAAGCGUACCCGCUGCUAAUCAGACUUCCGGCGCCAGUGCGACGCAUCUGCCAGCAGCGUACAUAGCACUGUACCCGUAUAAGCCCCAGAAAGCAGACGAACUCGAGCUGCGAAAAGGCGGAAUCUACAUGGUGACGGAACGUUGUCAGGACGGAUGGUUCAAAGGGACAUCCAAUCGUACGCAAAAGUGCGGAGUUUUCCCGGGGAAUUACGUUGCACCUGCUAAAUGUCAACGUGGAAUAUGCCGCGGAUCUCCAAACUCGCCGAGCCAACACCAAGGCUCGCCGUUGUCAUCUAACGUAUCGAAUGCUGAAUCACGCUUGGCCAUGACGUACACGAAGAGCAAAGGUCCUGCUCCGCAACCGUACAAUCCUCGCACUUUACCACCGCCUGAACUGCCUCCGCGUGCCAUCAGCCCGUCGACGACCGUGUCUACGUCUUGGCACAGCAGCGGCGGUCAACAGGAACAAGGACCGACUCAGGAAACCAGUCCGCCCCGGCACAACGACCAGAAUGCGGCUGUCAAUCCGCUUGGGCGCAGUCAUAGUGCGGUGAUGACGUCGAAUAUCCCUUCUCCUGGCAAACAAGUUACAAUGCCGCCGACGUUGCAACCGGCAGCGGGUAUCAAUGGUGCUAACAAUGGCUGCGCUAGCGCCGCUAUUUCCGUUCCUUCGUCUUCCGCGAGCGAUAUGAACAGGAGCCCGAACAACACUUUGCGCGUGGCGAGCGGCAUCGCGUCAUCUAAUGCACCUGCGACCGCGUCCAGGAAUAUGGACAAGCAGAAAGAGAGGAGGGACAAGUGCGUCUCCUUGAUGCGACGUCUGACCAUCAUCAAGAGGUCCAAAUCGCCUCCGCCCGCCACUUACUCGAUGGACAAUCCCGUAUUCGACGACGGCAAUUCCGUCAAUCCAAUGCACGUUCGAUCAGGGUCCUGUCCAAGUCAGUUGCUGCAAGUGGCACCCACGCAGGAAUUAAAUGCUUCAAACAGCCAACACCGCUUAUGUCCAGGCUCUGUGCAGGGGCACGCCACAUCCUCACAGAGACUGAAAUGCAAGGAGAGACCCUCCUUACAACUGUCAGUAGCACAGAGAUCUGGUGAAUCUGGCGCUAUGGUGUGCCCGGCAGUCGGGAAUCAUCAUCGCAAGAGCAAUUCAUUAGACGCCGGGAUGGGAAAGCAGACAAAGCAACAGCCAUCACGCGACCGCGACCGGGUGUACAGAUUCCGUUGCAUCGUACCGUAUCCACCUAACAGCGAGUUCGAGCUAGAGCUCCGUGUGGGCGACAUAAUAUACGUGCACAAGAAACGCGACGACGGCUGGUACAAGGGUACGCAGCAACGCACCGGCCGCACGGGACUGUUCCCGGCGAGCUUCGUGGAAGCUUUCUGAGACCCGACUCAAAGUCGUUUAGUGUUAGAAACCUGUAUAUAACUUGACGCCUUUUUUUGUGUAAGUACCGUACUGCAUAUUACGUAUCGAGACGAAUCGGGAUUACCAGAGUUCGCAAGUGUGUGCUUGAGUGUUUUCUUGCUGGUUCUCUCGUGAUCGUAAUUUUAAAUUAUCAUGCCACAGGCACGAUGUAUCUUUUGUUUUGAAAUGUGCAAUGUAGCGUGGGAAGCCUAGCUUGCGAUCAGCGCAGAACCAGAAAUAAAAUGUUACCUCCGCGCGCUGCGAAUUUAACGGAAUAUCAAUAUAUACAGCGUGUAUGUGUAUAUAAAUUAAGUGACUGAUGUAAAUUAAGUUAACUCACGUAUUUCACGUGGUGAACAUAGUAGGAUGUUUUAACGCAAAACACAGUUCUAUUCCAUGUAUGUAGCAUAUACGCGCGUGUAAGAUAUAGACGCGUAAUACCUGGACCGUGCGACCCCUGCAGUUCCGGUCAUCAAGACACGUCAGAAAAUAGAAAGAGGAAACCACUGUUGUAUGAUCACCAAUCUGUCUUUUUCUAAAGCGUGGUGAGGUGAAAAAGCUUUCGUCGACUGAAAUAGAAUAGCAGAGAGGAUGAAAAGGAAUUGGAGGGAGUUGCAAAACGUUGAGAAAAAUAUGUAUGGCGCAUAUGGCAAAUGUAAGGACGCUCUGUUUCGCGGUAAACAUACAUUCGGUGAAGAGGAUCUAAAGUCCCCAUUUCACGAUGCCAGACAAAGACAGAAUGGUGAUACAAAGCAUGUUCCUAUUCAAUUUUUCAGACGUCUUUUCAGUCAAAUGCGCAGUCUAGAUAUUAUACGUCUAUAGUAUAAGGAUGUAAAAAAACAAGUGACAGAAAGAGAAGGAUGAGACACAAACAUAAUUCGCGUACUGAAACUACUCCAAACUCAUACUGCCAUUGUGGUAAUCGUGAUGAGACGAAUAAGUUUAUUACAUUCGCGUGACACGUUACUGCCAUUCGUGAAAGAAAUGAGAACAGAUACUGAUUUGUUUUAAAGUUUUUGGUUUCUGGAAGGAACCUAUAUACUUCCUUUGACAGAAGCACGUUAUAUUAAGAGGAGGAAUCGUUAUAUAUAGUACACUCGUUUGCAAACGAUUUGCUCGCAUUUUGUACGUUAAAAUUAGGAGUGCUUGAAAUAGUAAUAAUUGCAAGUUUUUGAUCUUAUUAAUCUUCAAAAUUGAGAAAAUGUUUCAACGCAUAUGAUACAUCAUCGAUAUUAUUAUCCUACCGUAAAAAAUUAUUAUUUAUUACUAACAUUUUUGCGCGGCUUUUAAGGUAAAUGUUUUAAUAAUUGAACAAUGUCUCAAUGAUUGUGUCAAACUGUAAUAAUAUAUUUAUAUCUAAUAUUUCUAAAAAAAUCUUUGAAAUUUUGUUAAACGCGCGUUAUUUCUUUGUGCUAAUUUGUAAUAUUAUUUAAGAAUACAUUCUAGUCAAAGUAGCUUGAAAAAUUGACUUUUUAAAGAUUUUAUUUAAAAAAAAUUAUAAUAUAUAGAACAAGAAAACUUUUUCGAAUUAACAUAUAUUUUAAUAUAAAAAAUUGUUUAGUUUUUUUCAAUUUAAUAGGUUGCAUUGACUUUGCUGGUAAAAAAUCCGAAAUACUAAAUGUGUACACGAUAUGUCGUCAUAGGCUUAUUUGAAACUUUUAAAAAACCAAACGUAUUCUUAAAAUUUAUAUCAAUCGUUAUCAUUUUAUAUAUUAUCAUUGCAAUAUAACAAAAAUGCAGUGAUCGGUACAUAUUCAAAUGAAACUGUCCUAAAAAUGCGUAAUUUUCUAUUAAAAAAUACUGAAUAAAAAAAAACGAAUGGUCCAAAACUUAUGAUAGUGCAUAGGACGAUAGCAGUUAAAUUAUAAAAAGAAUACCGAAAGAAUUUUUAGAAUCGAUUAAUUAGUUUUCUUGUUUUCACGUACGCCACUUAAAAAACUAAUAGUGAAAUAUUAAUGGCACAUAAGGAGCUAGCAUGGAUGUCUUAGACAUUAAGCCACUUAAGAAAGACGAAACAAAAUUUUAUAUAAACCUUAGUUUUGUUAGUAAUUUCAAUUUAGUAAAAAUACCGAAUAGGGGACCACUCUCCAAUGUUAAUGUUGACAUAUAUUAUCAAGGACUCUUGAGUAACAAUCAAGUGGUUGUAACCGUCGCUCAUUGUUUAUUAAAAAGUUAUUAACAAAAAAGUUUAAUAAAUAAUAUGUAAUUAUUCAACACUGUGUAUGUACAAUAAGUUUAAAUCGAUGUAUGUAUGUAAAAUAGUACAUGUAAAUACGCGGGAGAGGGGUUCCGCCCCCGCAUCCCCUUCCCAAAAAACUAACUCAAACCUAACCCAUCUAUUGCAAUAUGGUAAACUGUAUACGUAUAUAUAUAACCCAUUCUUUAUAUUUUCAUACAUAACUUAUCAAUGGAAAACAACAUGAAAAUUAUAUGGUUACCUUGUACCUAGGUACAAUAACGAAAUGUUACCUUCUUCAAUACGUACAUGAUACCUGAAAAUUACAUUCUAUUCAUGGGACUUCUUUUGUUAAUAACUUUUUAAUGAACAAAAGCGACGGCUAAAACCUUGUAAUUAUUACUCAGGAAGGUUAGUUCUAUAAUAUAUGUCAACAUCAAAAUCAUUGGAGGGUGGUCCACAUACACACGUACAUAUACACACAUACACACACACACACUGCUCGCCAGCAAGCGCGCUCGCCCGCCCGACAGUGCGGGCUCGCGAUGGGUGCGUAUGUAUAUAAUAGAAACAUACGCAUCCACCGUGGGCCCGCUCUGUCGAACGGGCGGGCGCGCUUGCUGGCAAGCAGUGUGUAUGUGCAUAGCAGCACCUUCCUAGCAUUCAAAUUCGAUAUUUUUAUAUAUACGGUGUCCAAAAAUUACAUUCAUUUUAUGCAACUUCUUUUGUUAAUAACUUUAACGAGCGACGGCUAAAAGCUUUUUAUUAUAACUCAGGAGGGUCAAUUCUGUAAUAUAUGUCAAUAUCAAGACCGUUGGAAAGUGGGCCCCUAUUCGGCAUUUUUACCAUUUCAUUAAUUUUUUAUGAAUAAAAAUGUAAAAUUGAUCGCGCUUUCUUAUUAGUCCAGUUGUUUUAUCUCAAAAUUAAUUUCUUACUCAAAAUUAAUUUCUCUGUUAAAAAAUACUUGCAUUCUUCCCGAGUCCUCCAUUGUAAUUGUGACAUGAGAUAUCCUGUUGCUUCUAUCAUAACCGUUUACGAUGCAAACUCGUGAGUGGCUUGCGAUAGCUACACGAUUUCAUGCACUCCUAACUUCAUUGGAAAAAGCGUGUGCAAAUUGUAUUGAAGUCAAAUGUACGGUAACGAUCUACGAGUAAAGCCGUUCAUGACGUAUAACUAUAAGUAGGAUUAUGAAUUCGAUGCUAUUUCCAAUCGAUACUUACCUGAUUUUAAUUUGUACAUUCUUAAUCUACGCCAUUGCAGGCGAUUGGCUUAUUCGUCGAAGUGACUUGCUCUACUUACGCUGAAGAGUGUUUAUUCAGUGUUGUUUAAAUAUUAUUUAACUUUGCUGAGAGCAAAGCACUAUAUAUUACUGUAUCAUGAUUAGAAAUUUUAUUGGGAACUUUUUUCCUUUUUUUUUUUAAUUUAAUAUUGACAUUUUAUAUCGUGUUCGAAAUAAUUCGUUUACAUUUUAUAGAAAGUAUAUAUGCAUGAAGCUCGUAAACAUUUAUACGAGCUUACAAAAGUAAUUUUAUUAUUUACAUUAUUUAAGACUGGAAGAGUGCCGGAAUUGUUGAUUGAAAUUAAAGAACGUUUUUUUCUUUUUUUCUUCUUUUUUUUUCUUUUUUUUUUUCUUUAACGAACGCAUCUAUUAUUGUACAGUUUAAAGAAAAAUGUUCUAUUUUAAUGAGCAAUUUGAACAAUUAGAGUUAUCUUAGAUAAGACAUAGAAAAUGGCCUUGAUAAGCGAGAUAUUGACUCUCUUAUAUACAUCGUAUAUACACAAUUUUAUAAAUAAAUUUGUCACUUAUUUCCUAAUUUAUAAAGCCACCGAGUAAUCCAUAGCAUGACGAGAGAGAUUAGUACGAGAAAAUUGGAACAGUUAAUUUAAUAUAAAGAAAUCUGAUGAAACAAAGUGCUUCCAUUAUCUGAUUAAUAAUCAGUAUUUAGGUGCGAGUUUUGUUAUGUUCUCUAUUUUCUAUAGAUUAUUGACUAUUAUACAAUAUAUAUAUAUUAUUAUAUUGACAUUUUGUGCAACCAAUUUUUGUAAGCUUUAUAAGUAUGUUCUUAAAGAAGAGAUACUUUGCACCAUAUACAUUUAUAGUAGUGAAUAAGUUAGUAAAUAUAUAUUGCGGUUAUCUUCUAGAAUUUAUAUUAAGCUGCAAGCGUACCUAAUUUCGUUAUGUUAUUUGAUCAUUAUUCAAACGAAACUGAUGUACAUAUGUAAGUGUAUACAUAUGGAAAUGUAUAUGUACAUAUAUAUACAUAUAUAUUCAUAAUGCUCAAUUCAUAGAUAUUCAUGCAUACACGCAUAUAUUACGCGUAAUCAGCGGAAUAUAUCUACAUAGUACAUUAGGAUGUCAUAGUUCAAUAAAUAAUAAGGCAUACAAUUGCAUUAUGCAAUUAUAUUUCAUAAAUCCGGAUAUAAUGUGCAGAAAGCGCACACGUGCCAUGCACAGUAUAAUUUUGGUCGACAUAUAUGUACAUACAAAAUGUCUCAAGAUGUGACGACCUUAAUUUUGACGAGAGGUUCUCCGUGAAUUCGAAGGCAAUGCUUCCUCAGCGAAAAUGUUAUGUUAUUAAAUAUGCACGGGAAACUAUUAUGUAUAACGAUUUUUUAAUCUUUAACAGAAUAUACUUUUACAGUUAAAAACCUAAAGUAAAAUUCUGUUAAAAUACACUUAAGGGAAUCGUUUACUUUAAAAGAGACAGCCGAUUUUAAGCCCAUUUUUACGAAUUUUUUUCUAAAGAAUAGAAAUAUGUAAAAUAUUGGCGUUUUGUAUAUUUAUUAAUUUAUACUUUAGCUUUAUAAAAAUUUUACUUAAGCUGCGUUUUGAUAUUUAUAUGACAAGAAAUUAAUUGUCGAGUAGAAGACAAAUUAAAAAUUCUCUUUGUAGUCCUUCGCUGCGCGGCGGAAAUCUUGAAGAGUAUCGACUCGAUACUCACUCGACGGAGAUCUUGCCGCGAACGACGGAAAUCUUGACCGCGAACGACGGAAAUCUUGACCGCGCGGCCCUGAGCUCGUUGACGCGCGCGCGCCUGAGACCGACGGCUUACUCCAAAGGACGAUGUACAAUUUACAAUUAAUCCAAAUUCUCGAUUUCGUCGGUUUUGUUAAUCUAACAACAAAGGAGUAACGGCUCAUAUUAAUCUAUCAUGGUAAUCGUCCUUAUCAAUAAAUAAUAUAACUUAAUGUUGAACAAAAUGGUGGCUCAUUAAAACGCAAAAUAUAAGAUUUUUUUUCAACUUUUUCGAGCCGCAAAAAAACUGGAGUUCGACUAAUUCAUUGAUCACUAAUUCAUACAUUAAUUUCGACGCGUGAUGUAUAUUCUUGAGGCAUUUAUAAAACAUGUUUUUAUGAAAUCCGUGACCGAUGUUCAUUUAUCUAUAAUAUGUUCUUUGCUUUCUGCUUCUUUCUCUUUAUCUCUUUCCGACUCAAACCUUAAGCUUUAAGUCAGAAAAAGACAAAAGAUAAGAAACAGAACGCAAAGAACACAUUGUAGAUCAGGUUUUAGUUCGCAAAAUAAAUUAAUACCUUUAAUCCCAAACCCAAAAAUCUCAUAACAAUCACAAUGCUACGAUUUGUUAAUAAGAGAGAACAUGAAUUUAUAUAAUUAAUACAAUAUUUACACGUCAUAGCUAUUUUAAAUCCGAAGCCUCUGAUGCUUAUUUCAUUGCACGAUACAUCAUUUUCACAAAUGACUUAUUGCUGAGAAAACAACAAAAAAGUGUUAAAUGCAGUAAUCGUAUUGUCGAUUGAUAAGAACUUCAUUACUGCUUGUUUUUCACAAUUUCUCUGCAGACAUAACAAAGCUCGUAUCAGUUUCUGUAAUAUAUUGAUUACCAUGAAACUUUCGUUUUCUUCCUUUUACUUGCAUACGAAUGUCUCUAAAACCUCUUCGACCUAUUCUCUCAAUAUAUGCUACUCCUUUGUUCGAGAAACUGCAGGACAUUGUUGACAAACAAACGCCGAGUGUUUCUCUGUAAUGAUUUUUAGAAAAGAAAGACAACAAAAAAACAUUUUGGAUGUAUUGAUCGAGAAGAAUUUAACCCCAGAAGAAACUAGUCUCGAUUUAAAUGAGCAUUGAUAAAGUGCUAUAUUUUUUAUCUGCGCGCAGCUCCUUACCGCGCGAGUUCUUUAUCUGUAAAACACUGAUAAAUAGUUCGAAUUUCGGCAAAUCGCUUUAACGUGACAUUCUCUAAAGUAAGAUAAAGAUUUAAGAAAAGUUUACACAAAAAAUCGAUUUUUUUUAAUCUUCUAAAGUAAACGACUCCCUUUAAGAUUAAUCAAAGAAAAUAAUGUCUUGAAACUAUUGUCUUGAAAAUGUGUCUCUGAAACUAUUAAUAUCUCGUCAUUUUCGCUGAGAAAAAAUUAACCGUAAAUUGCUCGGAGAACUUGGCGAUAAAAUAAAAAAAUCAUGAAUUCUGUUAUAUUCUAUAUAUAAAUAUAUUUAUUUGAAGCACGCACAGAUACAUGUAUACACAUAGAAAUAUAUGUAUACUUGUAAUACUUGUAAUAUUCAUUAACGUUCGUACAACACACAUAUACACACGUAAUCUGCGUAAUAUAUCUAUGCAAUACAUGAUGGCACGCAUUAGUUGAAUCAGUGAAAUAUGAAAUUAUAACAUUGACAUUACAUCACGAUUAAAAUUAUAACAUGUGUACGUUUUCUGCUCAUAUCUUGAUUUAUAUAUGUAUAUAUAUAUAUAUCUUUCUCUCUGGGCAUAAAUAUUUAUAUUACAAAUAUUUAAUUAUACAAUUGUAUAUAAUUAUAAUUUUAUCGUAACAUUUCUCUUUGAUAUCGUAGGGGUGUCUACGGAUGUCCUGAUGAUACGUAAUUCGAAGCUAGAUUUCGAAAGAUAACCGAUGUACAACGAAUUUUACUGUAAUUAAAAAAAAACAAUCUGCACGUGACAUAUUGUGAAGGCGACAUUAUAUCUGUACGCACAGAAAUCGUUCACUCUUAGUGCUUUCCACCAUUGUUCCAAUCGACGGGGCGACAAGUGACAUAUUUCAACGUUAUAUCAGUCUUUUAUUAUACUAUCUUUAAGCGACACGCGCGCGACGCGCAAGAUGUAAAUAUAUCCAUAACAUCCGCAACGUCCUACGAUAUGAAGGAUAUCGUUGUUUUCGUUUAGACGCAAAACAAAUAGGAGGAGUACGGUCUACGUGCGUUUUAUCUUGUAAGUGCGCAAACAGUAACCGUUUGAAAGGAAUAACGAGAGAACGUCCAUUUCGUCCUUUGAGACCAGCGAAAGAGCGUUACCUGUAGACUUUUGCAAACGUGCAAUCCGCUCUAGCCGUCAAAUCGUAGUCAAAGCGAUAGGAAUGGAAAAGUACCAGUAAUCGAUAAGAUUGAUUAGACAUAUUCGACUAAAGUCUACGGGAGAUAAGUGUGACUUAGACGAUAUCGCACGAGAUUAUAUGCGCAUACGGCGAGAAAAAAAGGAGAGAAAGAGAGAGAAAGAGAGAAAGAGAUGUAAUUUUGUAGUUAUUCAUCUGGAUAGAAGGGGUGACUGGAUAUAUUUUUUGUAUGUAUCAGUCACUUCGCGACGGAGAGAAAGAGAAAGAAAGAAAGAGAGAGAGAGAGAGAGAGAGAGAGAGAGAGAGAGAGAGAGAGAGUGAAUAAGAGGAGAAGAAGAAAAACAACCAUAGAAUCGAAUUUAAUCGCACGUGACACCACAUGUAGAAUAUUAUCGGUAGUGAAGAAAUAUCUCUUACGCGAGGGGCCACACUGGGCAUGCUGUAAUAAAAUUCGGCAGUCUAUCGUAACGCGUUAUCUAGAGAGAAAUCGUGGAGGAAUAGUAGGAAAUAUAAAAUACACAAUACGUAUACACACAACAUUUAUAUGAAUGAGCGGCAACGCAUAUUUAUGUUCACGCGCGAGUCAUGCUAAUCAUAAUUAUAUAAUCUAAUGUAUUCAUAUCGUUCGGGAUAUUAAUCUCUUGCCUUAACCCUAUUAAUAUUCGACUUUUUGAUGAGUAUGUUUUAGAGACUGUCGCCUCUAUACUCCGUUAAAAUUACCUUAUUUAUCCGUAUUUUCAGUAACAUAUUUUACAUUUCCUGACAUUGAACGUUGUCUUAUUUACUAUUCCUUCUCUCCUCAAUAAUUUCUUAUUACUUCUGAGAGCAUAUAAUUGGGGGCUGCUUACCAAAAAGACGGAUAUUAGUAAUCAACAUUAAUGAUGUUAAUGUGGAGUUUAGGAUUGAAAGGUCAAGACGAAUCGGACUCGUGGAUGCAAAUUACGAGCCGAACUUGACAAAAAGCUAGUCAGAUCCGUGUGUGAUUCAGAUUACAACACAAACAUAAUAAACAUAUUUGUCGCAUUGCAACAUUGAAUAUCUACAAGAAACUGUUGGUAUUCAUACGUAGAUUCGUUGCUUCAUAUGUAGAUUCUCUUAUUUCCUUUUCAUUUUUAAGAAUUUACAUAAAAAUACCAAUGCCCGGACACGCGUAUUUAAUCCUGGACAUUCUUAUUAUAUUUUUUUUUAAAUACAAAUAUUUAAACUUUUAAUAUAAAAAAUAUAUAUAUAUAUAUAUUCUAUGUUAAAAAUACAAGUAUUUAUAUUUAAGAGACUGAAACAAUAAGAAUAUUUAAGAUUUGGUACGUGCCCGCGAAUUGAUACUUUUAUCUUAGUUUUAAAGGGUUUCUUAUCGUUGACUUCCAGCCGAUCAACAGAGAACACUACCAGAUUUUCGUUUCUUUCGCGAAUAAGCUAGUGCUUGACUACGAUAUAUACACAGUAAAAAAAAAUUAAAUUCUUUCUUCUCAUAAAUUACAAAUGAAACUCUAUGAUAUUCAAUUCGGUUACGAAAGGCCUAUAAAAGCCGAACGCAAGUUAUGAAGGCGUAUGUUGCAUAUAUGAAUAACUAUUUUAGGCGUAUGUUGCAUAUAUGAAUAACUUAUUUUCUUAAUAUUAUUGCAUAUACAAAUAACUAUUUGUCUUAAUAUUAAUAACAACGAAUUAGACACGAUAAAAUAUCAAAAUGUUAUAAACGUUUUUUUGUUUUUCUCUCUUUUUUCCUGAGUUCGAAGUGUCUACAGCUUCUGCAGACAUUAUGUUGCCAUUUGACAUACACUUUCAUUUUUCUGCUUAACUACUCUUGUAUGAAAAGAGAUUGAAGUAAGUUAAACCACGAGGCAAGGGGUUAAUAUUUAUACGCACAAUGUAUGUACAUGAUGUUUUUUGCAUUUCGAUCUUGCGUAUCCAUGCGAGCACUCGGAUUUUCGUACACGGUGACGGUUCUUCUUUCGUUUCACUGUAUCCCUCCUCCGUCUGUCAGCCUCCGUAACGUUCAAGCUGAACGAUUGGAUUUUUUGCGUUACGUAAGACGAGUGGAAACUUAUGUAUACACGUGUUAUGUAUGUUUUAUAUGAGAUUUACAUUCGAUUGAUAUGUUGCUGAUGUGUCCAUGUCGUGGCUCGUAAAGUCGGGUACCAAGUUCAGUUUUGCGGACGAUAUAUGUUGGAUUGACUGUAACACGAGAGAGACUAAUUGCACUAUCGCUAUGUACGUUGUGAGCAAAAGAAACGAACGUGAGAACAUCGUAAGAAAGCCGCUAUAAAAUCCUCUUCCGCAUACCGUAUCGUUGAUUUAACAUCGUUGCCUGUCUACCUGUCUGCCUAUCUAUCUACCUACCUACCUACCUACCUAUCUAUCUACCUGCAUCUUCCGCCUGCGUCUUGCGUUAGAAAACCGUGUGUUCGUGAAACAUCUACGGCAAUAGUCUUAAAUCAAUGUGUGCGUAUAUGCGUGAAAGCGUCUCCCGAGAGUUGUAAAUACCGAGUUGCUGAGAAAAAAGGAUUCUGCGGUGAAAUUAUGUCGUUACGGCGGUACUCUCGUAUUUCAGGGACUCGCUUUGCGAUUCACAGAAGUCGGGAUAUAAUGAUGUUGCAGAGAGACGCGAGCACGUAGCGUUAGCUAUGUAAGAUAACAAGUCCGAGUCCAGGAGCCUUCGUUUAGACCAAAUGUGUUUCUAGCACUUCUUACGUAAGGAAUUUAGAAUUAGUCAUUAUAUACCGAUUACUAUCUUUACACACGCUACUUACGCUACUCGGUAUUUUGUCACUAACGUACGAUGUUCCAACUAAGUCUGUGUCGAUGUCGUGUCCAGCGUAAUUCACACGUAUACAUAGGUAUCGUUUAAUAUUUAAAAAUAGCAUAUAAAAAGAAGCCUGUAAUAAAAUCCUUCACACGGC